AUGCUUUUUCUUGGAAUUGCGGGUUCGAACAAUGACGUAAACGUUCUUGAUCAGUCACCAAUAUUUCAGGACCUUUUGACGGGAAAGGCAUCGGAUGCUCCUUUCACAGUCAAUGGCCAUGAGUAUAAGUUCGGGUAUUACCUCACGGAUGGAAUAUAUCUAGCAUAUUCCACGUUCGUGAAGGCGUUUCGACACCCGAUAGAACCAAGAGAUAAUUUUUUCAAGAGAAGACAGGAAGGAGCAAGUAAGGACAUGGAACGUGCUUUCGGAGUUCUGAAAGCAAAAUGGCACAUAGUUGAACAUGCGGCACGACCAUAUGAGUUGGACAGACUACGAGAUAUUAUGUAUGCAUGUAUCAUUAUGCAUAACAUGGUGGUUGAAGAUAAAGGAAGAAACAUUGCGGGGUAUUCACCUACCGAACCAAGACACAUUCAAUUUCAACCAGGGACAGCAGAAUACUUACAUAGAGCCGUUGAUAUUCAAGAUCAACGAAAAUACAAACAACUACGAGAAGACUUGGCAGAUCAUAUCUAUGAUGGCAGUGAAGUUUGA